AUGCUCUUACCUUCGAGCUCAAUUCCACGUCCACCUUUACAUCCUCAUCUAGAAUGGACACCCAAACGAUAUCUUUCUGAUCCUCAGCCACCUCCUAUGGAUGAUGCCAGAGUUCUUGAGCAAGAGAUGGCUGCUGCCAGACAGUUGCAAGACGGGAAAGCCGUAAAGAAGACAAGACCUCGGCGGACUGUUGAUUUUAAUGCGGGUAUGGGCAGGUGGAAUCUUCUACGCAAACACCGGCCUAAUUCGACAUAUGUUCCCUCUAUGCGACCCGCUCCUCCCUUCAUUAUUGACCUACUCCCACCAAUUGCAUAUCCCGGAAAUUCUUCGACAUCCUUGUGCACCAAAUUUAUUCACACCUCAACUAACAAGAUUCGCUGUCCAGUCAAUGUCGUCACAGGCUCAACAAGUGGAGAAUUUACCCUCUGGAACGGUCUCACAUUUAAUUUCGAGACUAUUCUCCAAGCCCACGAUUCCGCCGUCCGCGCCUUUCAGUUCACACACUCUGGCUCAUUCCUAGCUUCUGCAGACCAGAACGGAAUAAUCAAGUAUUUCCAACCGAAUAUGAAUAAUUUAACCGCGUGGGCCGGUCACCGUGAGGCUAUUCGAGGCUUGAGCUUCAGCCCAGAUGAUCGCCGCUUUGCAACGGCAAGCGAUGAUUCAACUAUCCGAAUAUGGUCGUUCGAAGAGAGUCGGGAAGAAAGUGUUCUUACAGGACAUGGGUGGGAUGUCAAGUGCGUUGAGUGGCAUCCUAGCAAAGGUCUUCUAGUAUCUGGAAGCAAGGAUAACCAAAUAAAAUUCUGGGACCCGCGAACUGGAGCAGUUCUUUCAACACUGCAUCAGCACAAAAAUACAAUACAAGGCUUGGCAUGGUCUCCAAACGGCAACCUUGUAGCAAGCGCCUCCCGUGAUCAAACGGUCCGCGUCUUUGACAUCCGCGCCAUGAAGGAAUUCCGCGUCCUCAGAGGCCACAAGAAGGAAGUCUGCUCCGUGACAUGGCACCCCGUGCACCCAAUACUUGUAUCUGGCGGCUCCGAGGGCGCCGUGCUCCACUGGGACCUCGGCGGCCCAGAACCCACGACCUUGCAACCUGUCACACAGCCCCGCGCCACGCUAUCGCAAGCACACGAUUCCAACAUCUGGUCGAUGGCGUUCCACCCCAUGGGACAUCUCUUCGUGACCGCAUCAAACGAUCACACCACGCGUUUCUGGUCGCGCGAGCGCCCUGGAGACGCGACAUCAGUCGGGCAGGACGAUGAGGACGACGCGAUGGUCCCUGGGUUCAGCUAUGGUGGCACGAACAAGUGGUGGGGCAAGGACGAGGACACAGCGGUUGGCUUGGGAGAUAAUGGUUAUACCCAACGCGCGCCGUUUUCGGGCGACGAUCCGACAAGUUCGGAUGACUUUAUUCCUGGGUUUGGUCCUUCGGCCGUCGCUCCGAAACAAAGUGGUCCGCUUCCCGGACAGGAAGAGAUGUGGACGGCCGACUCGAGGGGUGAGGAAUGGGGUAACCGCAGGGGUGGGUGGACAGGUCGCGGUAGGGGGUAUCAUCCCAACGGUCCUCGUAGAGGGCGGUACUGA